AUGUUCGUUUACAUUGUCGUCUGUUUCUUUCUUUGCCGCCAUAAGAUGCAGUAUUUGACUCCACUGCGCAGAAUAGAAUUUUUUAUUCAUCUGUUACGAAGAGAAUUUUUUCAUUUUUUUCGUUCAGACGUUUUUAUUUUCCUUUUUACCUUCCCUCUCCUUGUUUUUUUCUUUCAAUUCUUUCUUUUUUUUUCUUUCUACCUUUUUCUAAAAUCUUCAUUUCUUUCCUCAACUGAUUUCUUUCUUUUCCUUUCUUUCUUUAUUUCUUUAUUUAUUCUUUUUCAUGCUCUUUUUUCAUCUAUCAAUGUUCUUUCGUUCUUUCUUUCUUUGUCGCUUUUUUUUUGUUACACACUUUUUCUUUCUUUUUUAAACACCUUUUCUUUUCAUAUAUCAACAUUCUUUCUUUCUACUUUUUCACUUUCUUUUUUUCUUUAUUUCUUUGCUUUUUCUUUCCUUUUGCCGAUUUUCUAUCUUUUUCAUCUAAGGAUUUUCUUUCGUUCUUCCUUCUCAUAUAUUAGUUCCUUUUUUCUUUCUUUUUUCUUUCUUUUUUUCAACAUAGACAAAAUACCGUUUCUCUUUCUACGUAAGUCCCUUUCUUUGUUCCUUCAUUUUUCUUUCUUUCUUUCUUUCUUUCUUUCUUUCUUUUUUCAUAUAUACCUAAUACGUUUUUCUUUCUACAUAAUUCUCCUUUUUUACUUUUUUUCUUUCUUUCUUUCCUUUCUCACGUAG